CAUGGAUUGUAUCAGGUGGACUUUGCUCGGCAGUCAUUGUGACGAUACCUGCAGCAGAGUUCCAAAGUCUCCACUGCUCUUAGUUCCUGAGAAACUGCGUUUGGUGACCAAGGGCUGGAAUGAAGGACUGAAGCUACUAUGGAUAACUUUCACCUGAAUGUCAUUGCUGUGGCCCUUUACUUUCAUCUGCCUGGAUCAGUGGGAACCAACUCAGAGUGGAGUCUUCUUCACGCCCAUCACCGUUCCGGCUGCCGGUGGGACGGGGACUUCUCAGUGAAUUGUUCUUUCACCGGAAUAUCUGCUAUUCCAGAAGAUCUAUCACAAACAGCAAUAACAGCUGAUUUUAGCUUCAAUAACAUUACAACUUUUACGUGUGCUGAGGAAAGAAGUGAAGAAUGGAUGCUAAAACACCUGAAUCUCAGCAACAACCUGAUUUCUGAACUCUCCUUAACUACCUGUAGGAAUUUACCCCUUUUGGAAACUCUCAACCUGGAUGGAAAUGCCAUCCACGCCUUCGCCCUGGACCUACCCACGCCUCAAAAGGACGGCAACAUCGACCAUCUCCUGCCUGCUCUGAAAGUCUUGUCAGUUGAAAGAAAUAAUCUCAGCAGCGUUCCAAGAGGCCUGGGCCUGCUGCAAUCUUUAGAAACUCUCCGCUUGUCGUCCAACGGCAUACGACAGGUUGGGCCGACUGAUUUUGAGAACUGUUCCCAACUGCAGGACAUCGACUUGCAAAACAACAAGAUAACUGAAAUUCACCUGGACGCCUUCAGAGAUCUCAACAAAUUACAGGUUGUGGAUCUCCGUGAAAAUGCCCUGGCAACCCCAUUACCACAGACACUAAUCAGUUUGAACUUCUUUCAACUUGAAGUUGGUUUGUCAAAUAAUGCCUGGAUAUUUAACUGCAGACCAAAUGCUUUCAAACAUUUAUUUCAUUUUCGUUUUGACUCCACGAGGAAAAAAUGGAGUAUUUCAUACAAUGUAUCUGCCACCAACUCACAGAAACCUCUGCUGUAUCUCUCAAGCUUCCAUUUGAACUGCAGCGACGGUGUUUUGCUCAGGAGGACUGUCAUCCCGACAGGGAGGACAUCGGUGCUCAACUGUGACUUGGACAACACGAGGGGUAAUGGAGUCUCUUGGUGGACACCCAAAGGCAGAAUUUCAAAAGACAAGAGUGUUCCUCAUAUGGCACUGGAUCGAAUGAAUAAUUUAAUGAUACACAAUGCUGAGAGACCUGCCGAAGGGUUGUAUGUGUGUACUUCUAACACAACCAAGAGGAAAUAUCUCACCUACAGCAUCCAGGUGAAAGAAAGGGUCUCCGGGGUGUUGGUUCAGAGCGCCCGGGACGCUACCGCUGUUUUUCGCCGAGGAGGGGGGGAGCAGGACCUGGCUCUGGCCGUCUCCCUCUCGGUGCUCAUCACCUUCGUGUGUGCUUUCUGCCUGGGUGCGUUGGCGAGGCCCUACCUGGGGAGGCUGUGGAGACUCAUGCGCAGGAACAAGAACUCGGGGUCAGAACACACUUAUGAUAAUCACGGGUUUUCAGAUGAAACCUCGAGCAGAGGGAGCUCUGCAAGCAAACCACCAAAUACACAGCAUGAUUUGUUCACUUCCCAGGAGAAUUCUUCUAGAAAAACACGCUUUUUUCCUACCGAAGCCUCUGCUUUGUAUGAAAAUGUCAUUGGCAGCAGCGUGCAGGCACCAAAUACUGAAGAAGAGCACCAGGAACAAAGCAAUAAUGAGAACACCGUGAUUUCAGACAUCAAACCCAGUAUCAGCAGUUACGAAGAUACAACUGCUGGUGAUAACGGACUAUCUUCUGGAAGAUCACAAGAUCACAAGAACAGCAAUGAAGCAGCACAGUCUGAAAUCACAAAGGCUACACCAGAUUCUCCCGAAAGAAAAGGUAUUUUUUCACAUAAGGAGCCCCUGAGCACUACAAAAUUUCUGCCUGGAAGGCAACGCUGCGAUGAACAACUUGGUCUAAAUGGCAACACAAAUACAACCAGCGACGUGGGAGAUUUUGUUUCACCCAGUAGCUGCAAGAGAGAUCCAAGUACUGAGAAUUUACAUCUCCAGCAAACCACAGAAAACUCUCCUCUUAAAGAGUACGACUAUAAAACGGCACAUACCAGUGACAGAUACGCUCCGGCAGAUAUAUUUGGGGACAGCUCUUCAGAUGAAGGGACUCCAUUCACACUGAGCGACUGUAGCUCUUUAUCAGACUUGGAACUGGAACAACCCGACGCUGGUGACACCCUGCCGGUCUGUCAGUCGUCGCUAGAGGAAGCCAAUGGGAGAAGUGGAACUGAGAAGUUCUCUGCUCCAACAGAGUCUCCAACCCUUGCUGCAGAACUGCAGUGUAUUGGAGAAAAUGAAGACGAGAGCAAUGCCAAUUUUGAAACCACUGUUAAUUAUGGCUCAGAUACCAUCCUGCCUGAAACAGCAUCCCCUUGGGCUGACGGAGGCAGCGACCACGUGAGCAUCUCAGGCUCAGACACAAGGAGUUCUUCGAGUCAAGAAGGUCCCGCUACGUUUGAUUAUUUCACUGAUGCAGAGCCAACAGGGCAAACCCCUGAUUCUCUCCACAACCAAAGCACAGAUUUUGGUAGCACGUUCCUUUCGUUGCACCAUUCUCCCACGUGUGACGCAGACACAGAGAAAGUUCCUGAAGAGGCUGAAGUGCAGCUCUAUCAGCUUCCCGUUGAACCAGAGCGUUCCCUCAGCUCCACUCCCCCUGCACACAAAGAAGAUGGAUCAGAGGGAAGUGGAGAGGAGGACGCAGAGUGGACCCCCUCUGAGGAGAACCACGGUGAAGGGGACGUUACAUUCAGAAGAACCACGAGUAUCUUUGAGGACAGUGAUUUGAUUUUUGCUCCCCUCGAUACCGGUUUGAAUGAAAUUGUUAAAAACACCUCUCCCCUGCAUUCCAGCGACGAGUCAUCUCUUCAGUCUCUGCCUGAACACACAGCUGAAAACCAUUUGUUGGGUGUUGCAGAGGAAGACGACUUGCUGCCAUGGGAGAAGGAGGAGAACACAACUGAGGCUUGUGCAGAGGAAAUGCAAACGGGCCUCAGUGAGGAGAACUGUGACGGAUUCACAGAAUCACAGGACACCAGCAACUGCAGUCUGCCUGAAGAAACACCACCUGGCAACCUUAGGGCAGAUCUGCUGCAUCUCCACUCUUCUGGCAAAACACAACCAGGCUUCAACACAGAAGACAACUUCCAACUGGAUCAGAGGGAGGAGGCGGCAGAUUCCCUCUCAGUCCCACAGGGCUCCUUCCACGAAAGCACCGGAUACAGUUCAUGGUCAUUCCCAGGAAAUACCAUCUUCAGAAGCACCGAUUCCAGCAGGAGGGAGGAUGACACUACUUGGACAGGGCUGGAGAGCAGCUCCACGGCAGCCACCAGCCCCCAGAACUCAAGUGAACAACUCAGUCAAAAAAGCCAGACCAAUUCAGGACAGGGACAGUUUUUCGUCAAGAAGAAAAGGGCGUUUGAUGGAUUUGCUAACAUUUUGCAAAGCAGAAAAACAGACUUCAACAGCUGAGACAGGGAAGCGUAAUCCCAAGCUCCCAGUGUUUGUGUCACAGAGCAGGUGCAAAAAUCAUUGUGUUCUUAAAGUGAAGUGUGUGUUUUUCAUAACUGUUAAAUACCAUGGGUUGCUUUUGUAUGUUCUCCCCACCUCAGUAGGUCUGUCUGCCUUUCUGGCUUCAGAAACCCAAGUUUUGGAACUAGACUUAACAACGAGAUGUACAAAACCUGGAUCCAUCCAAUUUUAAAACAUCGUCAUUCCAAAGGGUAAUUCAGGCCAGAAGCCAUGGACUUUUUAAAAACAGGUUACAUGUAAAUAAACAAUAGAUUUUAUGAAAAACAACUCUAGAGUAACUCAAAUGAGUGAACUGCUCAGUAAUUAUAACUGAUAAUAAAGCUUUUGCUGAGUUACAAUAAUAUUUACUUUCUCAUUUCUGUUGGUACUAAGAUAUUUGUUUCCCUUAGAGUUUGCCCCUGGUAUGCACAGUUCUGUUGUCCCUUUGUCUAAAAUAAAUAUAAGGCUGAAAUUAUCAUUA